UGGAAGUAUCAUUCGCUGCCUACGUUUCCCAUAAUCCUCUGUGUAAGUUCCGAUGCGGUUGGGGAAAACAUACCAAAAAGCACCAGCACUGACACAGUGGAGAAGACAGACUGUUAACAGGCGAGGCAAUGGCUCAGGCGGAUGACAGCGACGAUGGAAUGGAUGAGUUUAUGGAGAAAUUCAAAACACAGAAAUACAAAAAUGCAUUUAACGAAAGCAACUGGGAGGAGGAGUUUGACAAAGUGCCCAUGUUCAUGAAGACCGCUCCAGAGGAGAUAGACCCAGUGAAGCACCCUGAGCUUGCCUGCAUUCAGUCCAUUAUACAUGAUGAUGAUAGGCCACCAGAAGAGCAAGCAAGGAGUCUAAAGGACGAGGGCAAUGAGUAUUUCAAGGAAAAGAACUAUAAGAAAGCAAUAGUGGCCUACACAGCGGGCCUGAAAAAGAACUGUUCAGACUCUGAUCUGAAUGCCAUCCUUUACACUAAUCGUGCUGCAGCCCAUUUCCAUCUAGGAAAUAUGCGAUCUGCUUUGAAUGAUGCGACUGCUGCAAAGAAACUGAAACCAGACCAUAUUAAAGCCAUCAUAAGAGGGGCCCAGUGCUGUAUGGAACUGCACAGUUAUGCAGUUGCAUUGCAGUGGUGUGAUGAAGGUCUCAGGAUUUUGCCUACCGAGAAGAAACUGCAGGAGCUCAGAGCCACAGCAGACAAACAGAAGAGGGCAGCAGACAGAGAUGCCAGGAAGGCCAAGGCCAAAGAGAAAAAGGAGCGGAAUGAGAGAGGUGCAUUGUUAGCUGCUAUUAAAGAGCGUGGCAUCAGGCUUCUGAAACCUGAGCAGCCUCAGCGCAGAGGCUCUGAUAGCGAGGAUGAUGGAGCUGAUGUAUCUGCAGCAGCAAUGGCAGAGCUGCAUCUGGACGGGCUGAGCACGCAGGAGGCCACAGGAGCACAUGUGCACCUGGAUGAGCAGGGUGUGCUCCAUUGGCCAGUGCUGUUCCUGUACCCUGAGUACAGACAGACUGACUUUAUCUCAGCCUUCUGCGAAAACUCCAGCUUCAUAGAUCACUUGGCGGUCAUGUUUGGAGAGGAACUGCCUCCCUGGGACACAGAUAGAAAAUAUUAUCCACAGAAUCUUCAGCUGUUUUUUGAAGACCAUGAGAAAGGGCAUCUUUAUGAGGUAGAUUUGGAGAUGUCUCUUCUUAACGUCCUUCGGCACCCAGGGUGCUCUGUUAAGGCAGGAACACCCAGCUUUAUUGUGCUGGUGAAAGAGUCUCCAUUCUGUAAGCAGUUUUUAUCAGGAAAGAAAGUCCAAAGACUGAAAUGAAGACUGAUGGAAGGACACUGUAUUGGUCAUUAACCAAGCACCUAUACCAAGCUCUCAAACUAGAGUGCUGAAUAAGUGGCUGCUCAUGAAUUCACUAAGCUGAAAAUGUUUUAAUAAUGGAAACGGUGGGUAAGAGAUCUUUUCAAGGACACUUUGAUGUGGCAUAAAACCAUAUAGCCAGGCUGAGACCAUAACUGUUUCUUGUAGUUUUACCCCAAGUUUCUUUUUCAGUGUGGUCUGAGAGUUUCCACACGAAACCUAUAGAUCAAAAGACAUGUCACUUUGAGAAAGGCAAAACUGACUCAUGGAGCAAGUAGUAAAAUACAUUAAAAAUAAUGGUUAUACUAAACCGUCAUUCAAAUAAAUGCCUUUAAUGAGA